UUACUCAACUCCUGUCCUGAUAUCACUCCGCUGGCAUGGUGAAGACGCGGACCUGAUUAUUGUGAUGGUGGCAGCCGGGAGCCACUCACUCACAGACUUCCGCCCCCGGUUCUCACAUCCGCGUUGUGCGCCGCCUGCGCUUGACUCCGGUUUUUGCCUCACGGACGGACUAUACCGAGGGCGCUUGUGCUCUUUUUCGCUUAACUCGGCGGCGCGCUGCCCAACCGGGAUUUCUUCCGAACCCCCCCUCCCCAAAAAAAAAAAAAAACCUUAUGCGAUGCAAGUUCACCUGGAAACUCCGGAGCCUGUUCGGUUUAGGCAGCAAAACUUUUUCUCCAAGGACAACGGCGUAGAGCGGCGACAGGAGCGCCGCCGCUGCCGCCGCUCCGCCAGCAUAUGACCGGGGACUAACCUUUUGCGCCGUCGCUUUUGUCGCUUCCACCCGUGGAGUUGGUGUUAUUGUUUUGGUUGGCACCGCGGCGCCUGCUCGCAUUGUUUUAACCCCGCUACGAGCUCCUCGAAGCUCCCAGCCGGACCGGCGCUUUAUUGAUGUUUGUGUAGCGCGCAGGAGACUCGCUACUCUCUCGCAGCCCCUUUAAACGCGGCGCGGUGCUCGGCCGCUUGUCGCUCCGGGAGGACACCGAGAGGUGGAGGUGGCCGGAGGAGGAGGAGGAGGUGGUAGAAGACGACCAGGAGGAGGAGGAGGUGGCGGCGGACUGGGAGAAAAGUUCCCCCAAAAUAGCAGCCCCUCGGCGCGGUGAUGGGGGACUUCGCCUCCCCCGCUGUCGGACCGGGCGGCGGCAUCCACAUGAGCAGCAGCAUGAACGCGGCCAGCGGCAGCGUGGUGCCCGGCGGCGCCGUGGGCAUACCUAAGCACAGCACGGUGGUGGAGAGGCUGCGGCAGCGGAUAGAGGGCUGCCGGAGACACCACAACAUCUGCGAGACCAGGUACCAGCAGGCGCACUCCGAGCACCUGGAGCUGGACCGCAGGGAGACGGUCAACCUGUACCAGCGCAGCCUGGAGCAGAGGGCCAAGAAGUCGGCCGGCGGAGGCGGAGGAGGAGGCAGCAAGCAGCCGCAGAGCAAGCAGCAGCAGCAGCAGCAGCAGCUGCAGGACCCGGACUCUGCGUCCUCCGCGGAGCAGAGGACCAGCACGCUGAUAGCGCUCCAGGAGACUGUGAAAAGGAAACUGGACAGCGCGCGAUCGCCCCUGAACGGCGACCAGAACGGCAUCUGUGAUGGCGGCAGCUACUCGCCAACCGCCAAGCGGGUUCUAAAAGAGGUCCCCGGUGGUUUGGACUCGCUAACGGGCCUGGCCAAGAACAACAAUAACAAUAACGUGCCACCCAUUUCCCCCCUGCAUCAUCAAAUGGACAUUAAGCCUUUACUCGGCGGGCCCAACACCUCCACCGGCAACACUACAAACGGCAACGGCGCCCACACGGGCAGAGCGUCCGACGACCUGGGAAAGAACGGCGGCAGCCACCUGUCGGACAUGAAGCUGAACAGCUCCCUGGACCUGGAGGACAGCUUCGGCCUCCUCAAGGACCUGAAACAGGAGCCGCUGGACGACGGGGGAGGGAUGGAGUCCAGCGAGCCCCAGUCCCUGUCCAAUCAGAACAAACUGUUCUCCGACAUCAACCUCAACGACCAGGAGUGGCAGGAGCUGAUCGACGAGUUGGCCAACACUGUGCCGGAGGACGACAUGCACGACCUCUUCAACGAGGACUUUGAGGACAAGAAGGAGGCGGAGUUUGGCCGGCCGGCAAACAGCCAGGCUGAAGCCCCGUUGGAGGCGGCUGGGAGUACGACGCCUGGUGUCGGGGCGCCGUCGACGACAUCCUUGCCCCCUCCUCAACAGGGGGUCCCACAGGUUCCUAUCGGGUCGCCACAGGUGCGACCAUCAUCAUCCGGCCCCCAGUUCGCGACCACUGCCAACGGGACCCCUCCUCAGCAGCCCCUGCAACAGUCUCCGGCUGUUGCUAUGCCAUCAGGUUCACCAUUGCACAACUGCGUAGCUCGCUCCCCUCAGACUCCAACCCAAGCCCAGACCCAAGCGGUCCCCAGGCCUGGCAGCGGAUACAUGAUGAACCCAGGCCCCGUCAAUCAGACGGGGUCGGGGGGCGGAGCGGGCGGCACUGGCCCCGGGGGUCAGCCUGUGGGCCCGGUCACACCUGAACUUUCUCCCGCGGAGCAGCUAAAAGCGAUGGCCGCGCAGCACUCCAAGCUGAUGCACCAUAAGCAGCAGCAAAAACAAGCGACUAACUGGUCCCCUGUGGGCGCUCCGACCAGCCCCUACAAUUCUGCUCCCUUUAAUCAAGACAAGCCCAACAGCCCCAUGAUGUACCCACCGCAAGCCUUUAACGCGCCGCAGGGCCCUCUGGUGGCCGGGAUGGCCCCCAACAACGGCCCCAAAGCCCCCAUGAACAACUACCUCCCUCACAACCCCAUGGGCAUGAUGGGACAGCAGCAGCCCAACAGCAUAAACCAGAGUGCUCUGUCCAAGCAGCAGUCCCAACAGCAGCAGCAAACGGCCGCCAUGUUGUCCUACAACAACACGAAGCCGCUGAGUCACUUCAGCGGCGGCGGGGUGGACCACAUGGGUCAGAGGAUGACUCCGCCCAUGGCAGGGAACAGUCAGGUGAAGAACCCCAUGAUGCCGCCCUACAUGGGGGGCGCCGGAGGUGGCGGUCAGGGGCCGGGCCAGACGCAGGGGCCGAUCCCCGGGCAGACGGCCCACCUGGGGGAGGAGCACAAGCGGAUGCUGAUCAUGAAGCAGAAGGUGCUGAACCAGAACAUGCCCUACAGCACCAUGCAGCCUCACGGCCAGGAGCAAGGCGUGGUGGGAAUGUCCCGGCCGCCUGGCGCAAUACCCCCUCCUCACCCCGCUGGGGGCGUCGCCUCGGGCGUGGGCCCCAGCCAGGGGUCGGGUCCACCUUCGGGCUACGCAGGCAGCCAGCAGCAGGCGACCAUGAUGAAGCAGAUGAUGGCGAUGGAGCGGGAGAAGAGGGUGCAGAUGCAAAUGAUCGAGCAGCAGAAGCAGCAGAUCCUACGGGAGCAAAGACAGCAGCAUCUUCUGGCCGAGCAGCUCCAGCAGCAGCAGCAGCAGCAGCAGCAUCUCCCCAGACAGAUGGGCCAGGGCCAGAGGAAUCCAUAUCCCCAAGUCAAUCAGUACCAAGGUCCUCCCCAAGACCUGGCAUCCAGGAGCCAAUCACUCCAAAGCAUGCGGCCCUCUCGUAUCCUACAGCAGCAGCACAGCCAGCAGCAGAUGGUCCAGAUGAAUUCUGUUCAGGGUCAGGGAGGCCCUGUGGGACCUCAAACCGAGAUGGGACUACCGUAUGGCGCCCAGGGGUCCAGCCAGGGUGCCCUGUAUGGCCUCAACCCUUCAAUGAGCCAAAUGAUGCACCAGCAGCACCAGAACCAAAGCGUCCAAGCCUCCAUGGGUCUUCCACCGCAGCACAACCCUGCCGGGGGACCUCCGCGGCAGGCGGGUACAGGUCCUGGACUCGGAGGUAUUCCCGGGGGCCCCGGGAGUAGUGGGGCCGGAGGUUACGGAGGGCAAGGGAUGCGUAUCAACUCCAUAGCCCAGCAGCCCCUCAAAGGCCCUGUCAAAGGCCAAUCCCAGAGACUGCAAAGCAUGCUGGGAGGUGGAGGAGGUGGAGCGGGGAUGGCAGCUGGCGGCUGGCCCCAGCAGCAAGGACAAGGUCUGCAGGGCAUGGUGGGAGGAGUCGGAAGGACUACAGGAGGAGCGGGAGGAGACAUGGUGGGGUUCAGCUCCUCCCAGGGUUAUGGUAUGCAGCCGGGUCAACCGCCCCGCAUGACCAAGCAACACUUUCCAGGUCCUGGACAGGCUGGCCAGGGGCUGGACCCCAGGGUGGUUAACCCAGCUGCCACUAUGGGCGGCCCAAUGAUGGGCCCCCACAUGGGCAAUCAGCCAAGGACCAAUCAGCCCCGACCCAUGGUCAUGAACCAGGGGAUGAACCAAGGGAUGAUGGCACAGGGGAUGUCCGGGAUGGGGGCUUUUGGGCCGGGUCCAGGAGGCCCAGGUCUAGGGGGAGGAGGAGGUGGACCCUACGGACCAGGGGGAGUUGCAGUCGGGGGUCAGCCACAGGGCUACCAAAGGACAGCCAAUCAGGACAUGUCAUCCUAUGGGUACGGGGGCGGGCCCUCAGGAGGGGGAGCCUUUGGUUUGGGUGACGGAUCGGGGGCGGAGCUGGACUCGGGUGACGGGUGGAUGGACGAGCUUUUCCAGAACCAAUAGCCAAUGGGGAACAUUUUUAGAACGAACUAAGCUUUGGGACAAAACCUGAGAAAGUCCAACAGAAAGGAAGACAUAGACUGGCAUGUUUUGUUUUGUAAAACAUGAGAAAGAUUAUAAAUAAGUUCUGAUAUUAUGUUUUCUGUGUGUGCGUGCGUGUGUGUGCGUGUGCGUGAGAAAUGGAAGGAGCUCUCACAUGUCUUGUGCAUAUUAUUGAGAAAAAAAAAGCGAUAUAAGAAUUAGGAGGUGUGUUUUAUUAGUUUGCCUCUUUUCUCCCCUGGAGUAAAUUUCUUUACGUUCCAGUGCUUCAAAACGAUUGUGGUUUACACCGCGGCGCUUUGAGCCCGAGCUGAUUUCAAACUGCAGGCUGAUCUACAGGAAGGAAAUAUCAUUCUCAAGGCAAAAAAAAAAUUUAGUUUGUGUGCCACCCAGCUCAGAUCUUUCAACUCUGAGCUCCCAACGCUCCCAUUUCCUCUCUGAUUCGUCCCCCCCCCACCUAUGUGCACACACUCACACCCAAAUCUGCCUCCCCCCCACUCUCUCCCUCCAGAGACUCAUUCAUCGCUUUCAGCGCUCCAUUCUCUGUUUAAAUUGUGCACAUCACAACGGAACAAAUGAUGUUCCACUGUUGUGCAACACAAGCACAGUCUGGCCUCUUGUGCUUUGUGCUAGGCAACCCGUCCAUAUUUUUCAUCUUUUUUUUUACGGGUUCAUUUCCUGCAUUGUGUAGUUCUGAGUGAAGAGAAGUCGCAGGGAGGGACACCGCAAUAUGAGCACGGGACGGGACAGACGGCUACAGGACAGCGAGCACCUGAUAUGACAUGAACCAGUCUGUGGGACGCGAGCCUGCAUUUCACGAGCCAGCCAGAAAAUGAUGGCUGGCCACUGAAUGUACCCAAACGCCUCAAGUGACUUCUUCGUUUUAAGGGAAAUUCAUAGAGAAGCUCACCUACAGUGCCUUGCAAAACUCCAACUUGUUCAUGUAUUUAUGUUACAGCCACAAACUUCUACUACUUACUAGCUUUCCUCUUGCCAAUCUGCCAUAAAGGUCAGAAGGUUCUUCAGUCGACACCUGAGCUGUGGCUCUGAGAAGCUCCUCCAGAGUUACCAGUGAGCCUCUUGGCUGUUUCUCUGACCAAUGCUCCUCCGUUUGUCUGGCCGGUCUCCAUGUUUCCAUUGGGGGUGAUGGACUGAGCAGUGCUCUAUGAGAUGUUUAAAGCUUUUCGCUGUUUUUUCCACAAACUGUCUCCCUGAGCUGCCUGCUGUGUAACUUGGUCUGCACAACGCUGUGUGUUCACCGAUGUUCUCUGUUGAGGCCUUGGCAGGACAUCUGGAUUCAUGCUGAGAAUAAACUACACACAGGUGGACUCUAUUUACCGAGCAAAGGUGACUUCUGCAGGCUAUGCUUUGGGUUUUGCAUUUAUUCAGGUGCACCAGAGUCAGACUCAGCCAUACUUAAUAGUCAUAUCACUUCCCUUGGGAAUCCCAGUGAAGUGAUGGUGACUUGUGCAAGAACAGUGCAGAGAAUGCACUAAAGACAGUUACGGGGGGGGUCAGGAUAACUGAGGGAGGCGUUGUAGAGAUUGAUAGCCGCAGGCAGGAAUGAUUUCCUGUGGCGCUCAGUGGUGCAUCUGGGUGAGAGGAGCCUUCUGCUAAAGGAGCUCAUCUGCUGGGUCAGUGUGUCAUGGAGAGGGUGUGAGACAUUGUCUAAGAUGGACUGUAGCCUGGACAGCAUCCAUCCUCCUCUGGAUGGGGUGAACUCACAUUCACUUUCAGAUUGCUUUAAAAACAAAAUUACAAACCUUGUAUCGUUUCCCUCCCACUUACGUGGGUUACUCUGCUCGCCCAUCACACAAAAUCCCAAUAGAAUAAACAGAAGUCUGUGGUUGUAACGUGAAAGAUGUGAGGAAAAAAGUGGGUAGGAAUGCUUUUGCAAGGCGGUGUAUUUCUUUGCUUUGUCCCUAGCCUCUGUCCGUCCGUCCAUCCGUCCUUCUGCUCCUGCCAUCAGCCCGGCUUUACGGCUGCGAACUGAAACCGUGCUGCGCUUCAACACUACUGCGAAACGACACCAGCCGCCCCGUCGUCGCUCACGACCCGCCGCUCAAAAGCUGGUAUUCACCUCACAGGCCCACGCUGUCGAAGGCUGAGGUUCCCCGUAGGAAUCUGUUGGCUUUACAUCAGCCGCUCGUUCUUUCACUCAUCAUCACCUUCAUCGAGCUGCCUCAUCUAUAGCCCCCACCCCGACACGUAAACAUAAAAAUCUAAAAAAGGUUUUAUUGCUGUGGUUCUCGUCAACACGUGGCAUCUCUAAAUGUUUUGUAUUAUUCAGUAAAGGCAAGAGUGUCUGUUUUUUUAGGACAAUGAUGUAACCUGCAAAACCAAAAAAGCCUUCUGUUCCUCAUGCUUGUUGUUGUUGUAAAAUCCAGCCCUUUAAUAGAACUCGGUCGUCCUGUAACGCGUUAGAAAUGAGGCUCUACGUUUUUUUUUUUUUGUUUUUUUUUUGGUACACGCAGACAGAUUUUUUGGGGUUGUAGCACUCAACCAGUUUUUUAUCAAGGAAAGAUGGUUGAAUCAUUGAGGCCCCCGCAUCAGCGCUUUAAGCUCACAGAUUGUCGGGUCUGCUCUCCAUAAAUAAAAAUAAAUAAAAUUUAAAAAAGGAAUUUCAUGCUUCCAGAACUCCGGCGUACGUCCAGACGGGCUCGGACUUCAGCUCCACUCCCCCCCGUGUCCGUCUUGUCCUUUGUUAGAGUGAGAGCUCGGAGAUCUGGUUUGGAAAUCCCUUCAGGCAGAGAGCGGAAGCUUCCUCCAAAUAUCACAAUACUGGGACCAAGUCUGUAGACAACAUUUUAACAAAAAUUGUUGUUGAUGUUUAUUUUUUAUCUUUAUUUCCUUCUUCUUCUUUUUUUUUUUUCUUUUCUUUUUUUACUGGUGCUGACAUAUAUAUGUGAUUAUGAGAAAAAAAAGUAUAUAAAAGAUAAUGGAUAUUUGUAAAUAUGUUUUUACAGGUUUAAAUACAUCAGAUAUUACAGUCUCUACUCUGUAAAGAAUAUACUGUUUGUUGGAAAAUAGAGAAGUAUUUUUAUUUUUGUUUUUCGGUUUCACUUUUAACCCAUCUGAGCUAUGCCAUUGCACUUCAGACAAUGUCUUACUACUAAUUUGUAUUGUAAACCUCCUCUCAUUUUUUUGGGAUUUUUUUUUUUUUAGUUUGAGAUUUUGUUUUGAAGCAGUGCUUACUUCUUUUUAUCCUGUACAGAAUAUUGAAAUGUUAACAAAAGAGAAUUACAGAAGAUUUUUUUUUUGUUUUUUUUCCAAAAAGAUACAAUAAAGAGAGAACGUUCUCGCUGGUCAUAUUAAACUAAAGUUAAAGUUGC